GACAAUCCCUCGAGCCUGCAGCAAUCUUUUCACCGACCACGCUGAAUCUGGUGAAGUAGAGGAGGGAUUCUGCAGAAAGGGUGGGAGACGUUCCGACCAAUGGGGACUUCGAGGGACACGUGUCGCGCCCCAACUUCAAAAAUAAAAGGCCACUUCGGCCCGACAGUACUUAUCCUGCACUUGCUCGGAUUAACACUUUGGAUACUUCUCAGAACUGGAUUAAGUUAGCGAUGAUGCACAUGUUUGAUUUUAUCAAAGAAGAGUGGAGCAAGGAUGAUCCGCAUGAGAUAAAAGAAGAAUGGUCGAAUGACGAGUACGUGUAUAUGGACGUAAACAGUACAUACAUCACACUGCCAGAGGACAAUGUAUUCAUCAGGGCUGACAGUGUCGACAGCGGUCUGCCUGACGAGAACAAACUCUUUGAGGAUGACAAAAACGUUUACUUUGGGCACCUUACAUGCAGAGAUUAUGCAGAUGAAAACUCGACCAUUGAUAAUUCAGUGGUGAUAUGCAACGAUCAUGAACUACUCCAGACUCACCUUCCGACGAAAGUGAAUGAGGUCGCAAGCUACCACAUCAACCAGGAGACGGGAGAGUUGGUCGAAGAAGAAGAAGAUGAAGGUGUUGAAGAAAAAAGCCUCGAAGCUGCCUUAGAGUGCAGGUGGGAGGGCUGUUACUGGCUGUUCCAAACUCAGCAGGACCUGGUUCGUCAUAUCGAGAGCCAGCAUGUUGAGCGUGCGAGGAAGAGCGACGAGUACCCAUGCCAGUGGAAAGAUUGCCCGAGGAGAUAUCAGCCCUUCAAUGCCAGAUAUAAGCUUCUUAUACACAUGAGAGUACACUCUGGUGAUAAACCCAACAAAUGCAGCUACCCAGGCUGUUCGAAGGCUUUUUCUAGAGUUGAAAAUUUAAAAAUCCACCAAAGAUCGCACACCGGUGAAAGGCCUUACAUCUGUCAAUUUCUGUCGUGCCGAAAGGCUUUCAGCAACAGUUCAGACAGAGCAAAACACCACAGGACUCACAUUAAUCUGAAACCUUAUGUUUGUCAUGCCAAAGGUUGUGGCAAGAGGUACACAGACCCAAGCUCGCUGAGGAAGCAUGUGAAACUGCACUAUCAAGUCAUCCCUGGUCCAAAAAAGCUGAUGGCUAGUGAACCCAUCGUUACGGCAGAAGAACUUCAAUCCAGAGGCCUGAAGAACACUUUAAUCUUUGCGAAGGAGGCCAAAGAAGUGGACAAUUCGUGGAGUCAGAAUUUUGACUGCUCAUUAUUUAGCCCGGAGGAUUCCAUGUCUGACAUGAUUGACUCCGAUGUUGAACGCGAGCUGUUGGAAGAUUUCAAUGAAACUUCUGAAGACCUGCUACCGCUUUACGGUGAUGUGUUUCGAGACAUCAGUUUUUGAAAAAUUGUACAGCCAGCCGGCACAGAAAUGAUCUCAACUGUAAAUUAUAUGAUCUCAAAUAACUAUGAUGGAAUCCGAGGGGGUUUCCAAUCUGUAUAUAGUGUUAAUGUUAUUUUUUGUAUA